GUGAACAUGAAUCUGGCAACUUGAAGCUCCGGCCAGAGUCUUGUACCUUACCAAUCACAGUCUCACUGCGAACUGAAAAAGCACACUUUGCCAUUGGUAUACAGCGCCAUCACUCCAAUCUGAUAGCAGAUACCCUUGGCCUCCCGGAGCCAUGGCCGGAGCUCUAAGUCUCCCACAAUUCUCAGUUUUUGGGUCUGUUCCAUUGCCUAAAAGAGUAACCCGAAGCACGGUGUCCAUUAGAGCGACUUCGGAAACCUCUCCGUCCUCUUCCGCUUCUGUGAGCAUCACAGAAGACCCAAAACCGGAUUCUCCGCCCUCAUCGUCCACGUUUGCUCCUCCACUCAAUUUCAAGCCUCCUGAGCCCAAGCGCUUUCAAGUGAGGCCUGACCAGUCUAAUGACGUGUUUGGAGCGGCAAUUCCCUUGUUCUUGCGCUUUGGUACUGGAGUUUUCGCUUCUGGGUAUUCUUUUUCCUUCGUUCCUAAGGAUGAAUUUCCACCUGAUCAGUAUGCUUUGGAAGUUUCUGGGUACAAGGUAAAAGAAACAGCAAAGUUAGGCCAUCGCCCAGAGAAACCUAUUGAGAUAUAUGAAUUUGAGAGCUGUCCAUUUUGUCGAAAGGUCAGAGAAAUUGUUGCUGUUUUGGACAUCGAUGUUCUUUUUUAUCCAUGCCCUAGAAAUGGACCGAAUUUCCGUCCCAAGGUUGCUCAGAUGGGUGGAAAACAGCAAUUCCCCUACAUGGUGGAUCCAAACACAGGCGUUUCCAUGUAUGAAUCGGAUGACAUAAUCAAGUACUUGGCUGAGAAAUAUGGAGAUGGAAGUGUUCCAAUCACUUUAUCUCUUGGAUUAUUUACGACGCUGAGUGCUGGCUUAGGUAUGCUUGGUCGAAGGGGAAAGGGUAGCACUUAUACUCCAGCAAAAUUACCUCCAGAGCCACUAAAAAUAUGGGCAUAUGAGGGUUCACCUUUCUGCAAACUUGUACGUGAAGUACUCGUAGAGUUGGAGCUGCCACAUUUGCAAAUCACCUGUUCUCGAGGUAGCCCGAAACGACAGAUGCUAUUAGAAAAAACUGGGCAUUUCCAGGUACCCUAUUUGGAUGAUCCGAACACUGGGAUUGGAAUGUAUGAGAGUGCAGAGAUUAUAGAAUAUCUAAGAGCAACUUAUGCUCUUCAAUAAAUCACGUUUCCAGAGGCUCGUGAAUGUGAAUUUUUAACUCACUCCCAUUAUGUCACUCUACCAGUCUGUCUUUGCUUCCUCUUGGGAGGUGUGAUUGCUAGUUGUUCAAAUUCUUGGAUAAGUUAACUUGCAUGCAAAUAUCUAGUCAAGUAGCUAGAUCAAGACAAAUUGCCAAAAUUGAAAGUCUUCAUUUUGUUGGCUGACAGUGAGAUUACUUAGAGCAUGUUUGGCUUGUUGAAGGAAAGGGAAAAGCGGAAGCAAAAAAAAUUAAUACAUCAUUUUAAUAGCUUUUAUCUCUUUUUAA